AUGGCGACGGAGGCGUUCGAGAUGUACCGGCAGUCGGAGAUCGGCUACGCCCUCACCGAGACGCUGGACGAGAUGGUGAGCAGCGGCGUGCUCAGCCCCGACCUCGCCAUCACCGUCCUCCUGCAGUUCGACAAGUCCAUGGGACACGCGCUGGAUAAGCAUGUCAAGAGCAGGGCCUUCUUCAAGCGCGGCAAUCUGCGCACAUACAGGAACUGCGAUGACGUCUGGACAUUAAUCUUGAGAGACGUGACGUUCAAGAACGAGGAUAUCGAAACAGUCCUCCACAAAGUGAAGAUCGUCGCCUGCGAUUCUGCUGCGCUUAAGAAGCCUCUCGAACCUAUUACUUGCCAUCAGUGCCAACCAUAGUCCACUUCAUGAUACACCAGGCGCCAUCCCCAAACUAAACAGACAGAACUAUUGACAAGUUAGAUAUGGAACUAUAUAUAUGUAAUAAGCACUACAUACUACAUACAGACAGAACUAUUGACAA